AUGCCCAGCGGUCGGGUGCUGCUGAGGCUGUCCAAGGCGCUGGGGCUCGAGGGCGACAGGACGUCCAUCAUAAAAUUUGAAUUUAACCCAAAAGAUGGGAUCGACAACCCUGCCUUGUCGCUGGCUGAGGACACGGAUGGCGAGGCCGCGGGGGAGCCCCGCUUCUACCUCCUGAGCAAGGGCAGUGCGGAGACCUUCGGCUUCUGCCUCCACGAGGAGCUGGGCAGCCAGGGCCACGUCGUCCGGCAGGUGGCUGGGGGGCUGGCCCAGCGCAGGGGGCUGCAGGACGGGGACCGGCUCCUGCAGGUCAACGGGCGCUUCGUGGACCACCUGGACCACCGGCGGGUGGUGCAGAAGAUCAAGGCCAGCGGGAACCAGGUGCUGCUGGCGGUGCUGGACGGCGACUCCUACGAAGCGGCCAAAGCCCUGGGCCGGGACCUGGCCCAGCUGCUGCCCGCUGACGUCCGCCCGCGCCUCUGCCACGUCAAGAGGGACAAAAGCGGCUUCGGCUUCAGCGUGUCGGGGCCGGAAGGUAGCAAGGGCAUGUUCCAGCUCUCGGUGCGGCAGGACGGCCCGGCGGACCGAGCAGGGGUCCCGACGGGCUCCUGGCUCCUGGAGCUGAACGGGGCCAGCGUGAGGAGCUGCUCGCGCUCCCAGCUCGCCCGGAAGCUGAAGCAGAGCGGCAGCAAGAUGACGCUGCUGGUGGCAUCCAGCGCCGUGGAGGAGUUUUACCGCCUGCGGGGGCUGCAGGCCCCGGCCGCCUCGGCAGACACCUCCUGGCUGCCCUACAGAGCUCGCGAGCUGCACAUGGCGAAGGGCCCCGGUGGCUACGGGUUCCUGCUCAAGGAGGACGACUACGGCGCGGGGGCCAUAGGCCAGUUCCUGUGGGAGGUGGACGCCGGGCUGCCGGCCGAGCGGGCGGGGAUGAAGGAAGGGGACCGCGUGCUGGCGGUGAACGGCGAGAGCAUCGAGGGGCUGGACCACCAGCAGACGGUGCUCAGGAUCCGCGCCCACGAGGACCGGGUGACGCUGCUGGUCAUCGACCCCGCUAGCGACGAGUUCUACCGCUCGAUGGGGCUGUCCCCUCUGCUGUUCCUCGAGGACGGCGACCCUGCCUCGGGCUCCUGCACGCCCUCCCUGCCCUCUCCCCACGGCUCCCCUGGGCUCUGCCACGUCGACGUGGGACCAAAGGGACCCGGCUCCUGGCUGGUGGCUGCUGCCAACAGCAUAACCAUCACGCAGAGCCCGCGCAAGGAGGAGCAGAGGCAGCUGCGCGAGGCGUUCUAGUGGCCCGGGAGCACCCAGCCUCCGUGGCCCCACCAGGUCCAGCCUGCUGCUGCCCCCCGGUUCCGGCUCCCCGGAGAGCAGAGGAGCUGCUCGGGAUGGCCGACGCUGCGCCUCUGCGCCCGGGAUGGGGCUGCCAGCAUCGCACCUCG